AUGGACUAUACACUUUUCACAGCAGCCAUUGUGUUUCUAACAUCAGGUCUGUGUGUAGGUCAGAGUGUGUUACCGCCAGGACCAUUGACUGGAGCCAUAGGAGGGAGAGUGAAGUUCACCACAACCCUCAGUCCACCAGCCAAACCUUUUGUGUCAGUGAGCUGGACCUUCAACAGGGUCAACAUCAUCACCUCCACUACGGUCAACAUAACUAAUGCUGACCACAAAGACCGGAUCAGUCUGGACAGAACCACUGGCUCUCUAGAGCUGUGGAGCCUGGGCCUGAGGGACCAAGGAGAGUACAGAGUCAGCAUCAUACCAGACGGGGCUCUGGAGCUACAAGGAGCUACCACUCUGGAUGUCUAUGUGUUGCUAUCUGCUGCCACCAUCAAUAGCCCCCCAGCCACCCUGAUAGCUGGCAUAAGCUCCACCAACCUGACUUGUGAGGCUGCUGGCAACAUCAGCUGCAUACAGUGGAUCAAAGAUGGCCUCCCUCUGUGUCCCAGCAACAAUAUCACCUUCUCUGUAGACAACAGGACAGUCCAUCUCAGUCCUGUUCAGCACAUUGACAACGGAGAGUAUGACUGUUUAGUCAGCAACCCUGUCAGCAACCGGACAGCAUCCCACAACCUGACUGUCAACUUUGGACCUCAGAACAUAUCAAUAGAUGGACCAUUAGCAGCAUCAACAGGAUACAGGGUAACUCUGAGCUGUUCGGCUGACUCUAUCCCUCCUGCUACAUUCACCUGGAUGUUCAACAGGACAGAGACGGGUGUUAACAACACCCUGUACGUCAUAGAGAGGAUGGAGGCGCUACACAUUGGGAACUACACCUGCACUGCCACCAAUAACAUCACCGGACUGAAAGACUCCGUGGUCCACAAGCUGAGAGCCUCCUCUGCUGCCCCUAUUGGGUCGUUUGCUUUGAUGGUGACCAGUGUCCUGGCGCUGCAACUGUAGAUGUCUGAAAG